CUCUUGCUCGCGCACAGCCCUGCACUGCCCUCUUGCUCGCACAGCCCUGCGCUGCCCUCUUGCUCGCACACCACGUGAUCCAUCCCCUGGCUCCACAGGGCCUCUGUGAGCUGCCCCGCUGCCUGGCCCCGUGGGGACUCUCGGGCCGUGGGCUGCUGGCCCAGGAGCACAGCGCGGCUGGGGGGCACAGCGUGGCCGGGGGGGGCAGCACCCAGCAGGGUUUCGGAGACCCCCAUCUGCACCGUUGGGCACUAAAGAGCCUUAAAACCUGCCUCUCCGCCCCGGCGGUGCUGGAUGCUGCCUGCGGCCGGGGAGUGAACUGAGCCUGGGCUCCGAGCAGACGCGGGGGCUUUGCCGGAGCAGGCGACCUGCAGGGCUGCCGGGGGCGGUCGCCGUCCACGGGAAACGCAGCCGGGCAAAGUGCGAGCGGCGGAGGCGGAAACGGGGCCCAGGAGUCCCGGCUUCGCCUCCCGCUGCAAUUCGGAAGCGCGGGAACGGGGAGCUUCGGGUCUCCUCCCGCGGCCCCGCCAGCGCGCAUCGGACCGCGGCUUGGCAAAGCGCGGCUGGCGGGGGGGAGCAGGAGGAUCUGACCCCGCGCCUCUGCCCCGGCUCGGCAUGGGUGCCGCAGCGGUGCUGGCGCUGCCCCGGCCCACCGGCCCGCACCCCGUGGGCUGCGCCGACGUGAUGGUGGGCCGCGCGCCGCAGGGGCUCUUCCUCCGCCUCUUCUACCCCUGCGCGUCCCGCGCCGGGGCCCGCCGGCCGCUCUGGCUGCCCCGCUCCGAGUACGGCGGCGGCCUGGCCGACUUCCUCGGCCGGAGCCGGUGGUGGUGCGCGCCCCUGCUCGCCGCCGCCUUCGGCACCUGCAGAGUCCCGGCGAGCUGGAACGGGCCCUUCGAGCCCGGCAGCGCCCGGUACCCGCUGAUCAUCUUCUCCCACGGCCUGGGAGCGUUUCGCACCGCGUACUCGGCCGUCUGCACCGAGCUGGCGUCCCGGGGCUUCGUGGUGGCAGCGCUGGAGCACAGGGACGGCUCUGCCUCCGCCACGUAUUUCUGCGCAGCUGCGGCCGGCACAGCGGCACAGCGGGAGCAGUGGAUCCCCUACAGCCGGGUCCCCCCUGGGCAGAAGGAGUUUCCCUUCCGGAACGAGCAGAUUCAUCAGCGAGCAGACGAGUGCGUGCGAGGGCUUCGGCUCUUCGAGGACAUCAGCCGCGGUGAAUCGGUCCCCAACGUCCUUCCCGGGGACUUCGACCUGUCGGUGCUGCAGGACAGCAUCGACCUCACCAGAGUUGCCGUCAUGGGCCAUUCCUUCGGCGGUGCCACGGCGGUGCUGGCCACCGUGAAGGAGCCCCGAUUCCGGUGCGCGGUGGCCCUCGACGCCUGGAUGUUCCCCUUGGAGCACGCGCUGUACCCGCGGGUGAGCAAGCCCGUGCUCUUCCUCAACACGGAGACGUUCCAGACGCCAGAAAGCGUUGCCAGGAUGAGGAGGCUCAGCUCCAGAAACGGCCAGACGAAGAUAGUGACCCUCCUGGGCUCCGUGCACUGGAGCCAGACCGACUUCAUCUUCCUGACCGGGAGGCUCCUCAGCCGCAUCUUCAGCGUGGGGGGCACCCUCGACCCCUGCAAGGGCCUGGCCAUCACCAGCCGGGCGGCCCUGGCCUUCCUGCAAAGGCACCUGGACCUGACCGAGGAGUUUGACCAGUGGGACCACCUCCUCGACGGCAUCGGCGACUCGGUCGUUGCAGGAGCACCCUUCUGCCGCUCCAGCCUCUAGCCCGCGCCCCGCGGAGCCGGCUGCCAGGAAAGCAGCCGCUUCUCCUCCCAAAGAGCCGUUCAGCAACGAGCCUCCAAGGGCGCAAGGUCCCGGGGAGAGCGGGGCCUGGGCACCGCGCUUGCAGGACGGUUGCACCAGCGUCCCGCGGCUGCGGCGCUCACCGACGGCACCGGGAGACCCCCGCUGCGGAUCCCGCCACGGCAGCCGCUCUGCGCGCCGAGACCUGCCGGGGAGCUGAGGAAUAAAAUCCCUGGGGGCAA